AUGGUUCAGGAAAUCAAGGUGAAACAUGACCAUGUUUGGGCAGUGUUGCUUCUCAAAUUCCGCAAUCCCGGCAACGCAACAAGAGCGACGAAGGAAAUAUGCAGUGCUGUAAGGCCUUCAGUUGUCUCUUACGACACCACAAAAGUUUGGUUCCACAAGUUCAAAAACGGUGACUUUGACCUGUCCGAAAAGUUCGAUAUGGUAGACCAUCAGCGUUGAAGAAACCCCACUUUCUGAAGCUGAUUGAAGAAGACCCCAGACAAACCUGUACUCAUUUGACUGUAGAGCUUCAGUGUGAUCCUUCUACCAUAUUAACUAGACUUCACGCCCUUUAGAAGAUCAUGGAAAUAUGGUCAAGGGGUUCCACAUGAUUUGAACAGCGGCCAGCUGAAACGCUAAGUGGAAGUUGCACUUAUUUGUUGAUGUUCCCAAGGACCUUUGCAUGGCUUGGCAAUUUGGUUACUGGGGAUGAGAAGUGGGUACUGUAUGUUAAUCACACCAGGAAGAAACAAUGGCGUGGACGUAGAGAACAGAGUGUAUCAACUCCAAAACCUGAUCUACAACCGCUGCAGUGGCCACUGGAGGAGAUGAUCAGAUAA